AUGAGCAAGGAGUCUCAAGCCAGGGAUGCCGCUGUGGCUUCAUCUCUAUGUGUCAGUGAUACUCCUCAGGCAAUUCAGGAACUCGACUCUAUUGACUUGAAUGGCGGCAAGGAACAGCAAUUGGAGCAUAUUUUAUUGGACCAAAAUUAUCAUAGUCUUUUGAGCCAACGAUUUCAGCAUGCUUCCCAGCGCGACAUCCAGCGUGUGAGCAAAGUCUUUGCUCUUUUUGACGAGCUGGAUGUUCAAUUUCCUGGAGAAAAUCAAGUCGAUAAUUUCCUCCUCAAAUUCAUGCUUGAAGAAUGGGACUCGAUGCAGCUUAACGAACCACCAAAAGAAGCUGUAAAACUUGCUAUUCUCAUGGUUGGCGUUUCACUGUAUGUUGAUAGUGCUCCUGGACCAGUCAUAGUCAAGGAAGAGCAUUUGAUCCCGUGGGAGAAAUUCGCAUACACCCCAUGUCCGCUCAUGCUCGGAGUCCUAAAUUCUCUCCUUUUCGACGACCAUCAUGGCCUCCGCAUGCUCUUUGCUCAUUAUAUGUUCGGAAUCCCCGUGACGGACGACAACAUUGACCUUCAUUCAACCAUCCAUACAUUUUCUGCGCAUGCAGAUCUCAUUCGAAAGGCUACUGCACAUCAUAUGGGAUGA